CCGGCCGGGCGUCCCUGAGCCGCCUCAGCAGCCGAUGGGGGAGGUGGAGCCCGGGCCCGCGGGCCCGCUGGAGCCCCCGGAGGCGCCCGAAGCGCCCGCGAGCCGCCAGCCGGGAGGGAUCCGCGUCCUGAAGAGAAAUAUGAAACGCAAUGGAAGCAGAAAUUGUUUGAAUAGGAGAAGUAGGUUUGGUUCUCGAGAAAGAGACUGGCUGAGAGAAGAUGUGAAGAGAGGCUGUGUUUACCUUUAUGGAGCAGACACUACCACUGCCACUACAACCACCACCACCACCACCUCCUCUUCCUCAUCCUCCUCUGACGUACAUCUCGUCCUUUGCACAGUGGAGACACCAGCAUCAGAAAUAUGUGCUGGAGAAGGAAGAGAAAGUCUUUAUUUACAGCUUCAUGGAGACCUGGUCAGGAGACUGGAACCUACUGAACGACCUCUUCAGAUUGUUUAUGAUUACUUGUCCAGACUGGGAUUUGAUGACCCUGUGCGCAUACAGGAGGAGGCUACAAACCCUGACCUCGGCUGUAUGAUUCGAUUUUAUGGUGAAAAACCAUGCCAGACGGAUCACCUGGAUCGAAUCCUGCUGUCUGGGAUCUACAAUGUACGCAAGGGCAAGACUCAGCUGCAUAAGUGGGCUGAGCGCCUGGUGGUUCUCUGUGGUACCUGCCUUAUCGUUUCCUCGGUGAAGGAUUGUCAAACUGGAAAGAUGCACAUUUUGCCUCUGGUUGGGGGAAAGAUAGAAGAAGUGAAGCGACGGCAGUACUCCCUGGCAUUCAGCUCAGCUGGAGCCCAAGCUCAGACCUAUCAUGUCAGCUUUGAGACUUUGGCGGAGUACCACAGAUGGCAGCGGCAAGCAUCCAAGGUGGUGUCCCAGCGAAUCAGCACUGUGGAUCUCUCGUGUUACGGCCUCGAGGAGGUUCCUGAGCAUCUCUUCUACAGUCAAGAUAUCACCUACCUCAACCUGCGACACAACUUCAUGCAGCUAGAAAGACCCGGGGGCCUUGACACGCUCUACAAAUUUUCUCAACUGAAGGGCCUGAACUUGUCCCAUAAUAAACUCGGGUCGUUUCCUGUGUUGUUGUGUGAGAUCUCCAGCCUGACUGAGCUCAACCUUUCCUGCAAUGGAUUUCAUGACCUACCGAGUCAGAUUGGCAAUCUACUAAACAUUCAAACUCUCUGUCUUGAUGGCAACUUUCUGACUACUUUACCUGAAGAAUUGGGAAAUCUCCAACAGCUUUCCUCUCUGGGAAUUUCUUUCAACAACUUUAGUCAAAUUCCUGAGGUUUAUGAGAAGCUCACUAUGUUAGAUAAAGUGGUUAUGGCAGGAAAUUGCCUGGAAGUCCUCAACCUAGGGCUGCUGAGCAGGAUGAGCCACAUCAAGCACGUAGAUUUGAGGAUGAACCAUUUGAAAACGGUGGUUAUUGAAAAUCUAGAGGGAAAUAAAUACAUCACCCACAUGGAUCUCCGGGACAAUCAGCUGACUGACUUGGAUCUCAGCUCCCUGUGUGGCUUGGAGCAGCUGCACUGUGAGCGGAACCAGCUAAGAGAGCUGACCCUCAGCGGCUUCUCCCUGCUCACUCUCUAUGCCAGUUCCAACAGACUGACAGCAGUGAAUGUUUAUCCAGUACCCAGUCUACUCACUUCCCUAGAACUCUCCCGAAAUCUGCUAGAAUGUGUUCCUGACUGGGCCUGUGACUCAAAGAAGAUAGAAAUAUUAGAUAUGAGCUAUAAUCUUCUCACAGAGGUUCCUAUGAGAAUUCUGAGUAGCUUGAGCCUUAGGAAACUGAUGGUGGGACACAAUCACGUGCGGAACCUCCCGGCGCUGGUGGAGCACAUCCCCCUGGAGGUGUUGGAUAUUCAGCAUAAUGUACUCACUAGGCUGCCAGACACUCUCUUCUCCAAGGCCUUAAAUCUCAGAUACUUGAAUGCAUCUGCAAAUAGUCUGGAGUCUUUACCAUCUGCCUGCACUGGGGAGGAGAGCCUGAGUAUGCUGCAGCUGCUUUAUUUGACCAACAAUCUCCUGACAGAUCAGUGUAUACCUGUCCUGGUUGGACACCCUCACCUGCGAAUCUUGCACCUCGCAAACAACCAGCUACAGACCUUUCCUGCAAGCAAACUAAAUAAACUGGAGCAAUUGGAGGAACUGAACCUAAGUGGCAAUAAGCUUAAAACCAUUCCCACAACCAUAGCAAACUGCAAAAGGCUGCACACCCUUGUCGCACACUCCAACAACAUCAGCAUUUUCCCAGAAAUACUGCAGUUACCUCAGAUCCAGUUUGUAGACCUGAGUUGCAACGACUUGACAGAAAUCCUGAUUCCGGAGGCACUGCCCGUUACGUUACAAGACCUUGACCUGACUGGAAAUACAAAUCUGGUUCUGGAACACAAGACUCUGGACAUAUUUAGCCAUAUCACAACCCUGAAAAUUGAUCAGAAACCUUUGCCAACCACAGAUUCUACAGUUACAUCAACCUUCUGGAGCCACGGACUGGCUGAAAUGGCAGGGCAGAGAAACAAGCUGUGUGUUUCUGCACUCGCCAUGGAUAACUUUGCGGAGGGAGUGGGAGCUGUGUACGGCAUGUUUGAUGGGGACCGAAACGAGGAGCUCCCUCGCCUGCUCCAGUGUACAAUGGCAGAUGUGCUUUUGGAAGAGGUGCAGCAGUCAGCAAAUGACAUGGUUUUCAUGGCUAACACCUUCUUGGUGUCUCACAGGAAACUAGGAAUGGCCGGCCAGAAGCUGGGCUCCUCUGCUCUCCUGUGCUACAUCCGCCCCGACACUGCCGACCCAGCGAGCAGUUUUAGCUUGACUGUGGCCAACGUUGGCACGUGCCAGGCAGUCCUGUGCCGCAGUGGGAAGCCACUGCCCCUCUCCAAAGUCUUCAGCCUGGAGCAGGACCCAGAGGAGGCACAAAGAGUGAAGGAACAAAAAGCCAUCAUUACAGAGGACAACAAAGUGAAUGGGGUCACCUGCUGCACCCGGAUGCUGGGCUGUACGUACCUGUACCCCUGGAUCCUCCCCAAGCCCCACAUUUCUUCCACUCCACUUACCAUUCAGGAUGAGUUGCUGAUUCUAGGCAACAAAGCAUUGUGGGAACACUUGUCCUAUACAGAAGCUGUCAACGCAGUGCGUCAUGUACAAGACCCAUUAGCAGCUGCCAAGAAGCUGUGCACAUUAGCACAGAGCUACGGUUGUCAGGACAAUGUAGGGGCGAUGGUGGUUUAUUUGAACAUUGGUGAGGAAGGCUGCACUUGCGACAUGAAUGGGCUCACCCUCCCGGGUCCUGUGGGAUUUGCUUCGACCACCACCAUCAAGGACGGCCCCAAGCCAACCACUCCCUCUUCCAGCAGUGGGAUUGCCUCUGAGUUCAGCAGUGAGAUGUCCACCUCGGAGGUGAGCAGUGAAGUGGGCUCCACUGCUUCCGACGAGCAUAACGCCGCAGGCCUGGACGCCGCCUUGCUGCCACGGCCAGAGCGGCGCUGCAGCCUUCAUCCCGCACCCACCUCGGGGGUUUUUCAGCGCCAGCCUUCCUGUGCCACCUUUUCCAGCAAUCAGUCUGACAAUGGCCUGGACAGCGAUGAUGACCAGCCUGUUGAAGGGGUCAUAACCAAUGGCAGCAGGGUGGAAGUCGAAGUGGAUAUCCACUGCUGCAGAGGAAGAGAUUUCGAGAGCUCCCCUGCUCUUGCAGGGAAUCCUCCCGCCGUGUGUCCUGAGGAGCAUGCUAGAGGGUUGGGUUUUGGGAUCCGAAGACAGAACAGUGUGACUAGUGGCAUACUUCUGCCAGUGAGUAAGGACAAGAUGGAGUUACAGAAGUCUCCCUCCACUUCCUGUCUCUAUGGAAAGAAACUCUCCAACGGCUCUAUCGUGCCCCUGGAAGACAGCCUGAACCUCAUUGAAGUGGCCACAGAAGCACCCAAGAGGAAAACUGGCUAUUUUGCUGCCCCCACUCAGCUGGAACCAGAGGAUCAGUUUGUUGUACCUCGUGACCUGGAAGAAGAAGUGAAGGAACAAAUGAAACAGCACCAUGAAAGCAGGCUCGAGCCCGAGCCCAACGACGAGGAUCGGACCGAGCCUCCAGAGGAGUUUGACACGGCGCUGUGACCCCGCCCCCACAGUGGGCACCAUGUGGGAGAAGGCUGUGUGCUGUCGCUGGGGGACCCUGCCAGUGGCAUUUGCCUCUGCAUUUCUAAACCACAGAUGCGCGGGGUAGAACUCGGCGCCACAGGGCGAGAGGGAUCAGGGUCUGGCUCUGGAUAAGCUAGUAGCCACCGUCAGUGUUAAGUUUCACGUGGAACCUGCAUUGGAAUUCCCAGAGUUGCUGGGAAGGAAGCAGCUGUUCUGUAUCAGUCCUACCACCUGCCAUUAACCCUUUCUCUCCUAGGAUCAUUUUGAGAAUUUGCCUGCCUGGGCAGGAAAGGGACUAUUUCUGUGGAGGAAAUAACUGAAGGUUGAUUCCCUUUACUAAUUGCUGCUGAUGGAUCUCUGUGACAGAGAAAUCACCUUAUCUCUCAAACUAACUAAUGGGGUAUGAUGUGACUAGUCACAUGGCUUUUCCUUCUUCUCUACGAGAAUACAGCCUAUCAAAAUGAUGUCUAUUGGAAAUGUAGAACCAAUCAAACAGUUAAUUUAUGUAUGUAAUGUAAUGAGAGCACUUUUCAUUGACUGUGAACUUUUUAUUUUUGAAUCUGCACUCGAGCCAAUCUUCUUAGAGGCAGCCCGGCACCUCUGUCCACAGGCAGAGAGCUAGUCGGGUGUUGUAGCCUUCUCGGAGGGUACUCGGCAGGGCCCUGGGAACUGGUUUCACUGUUGGAUGUCAGACUGUGAAAGCUCCUGAGAAACUUGGGGUAGUAGGAUCUUCUUUGGGGGAUGAAGAUGGGGAAGAAGUGAGGACUAAGACCACAUCCCCCCCAAAUCAGAAAGAGAAUUACUCCAUGACAAAUGUGAAACCUGCUAGGAAUUUCCCAGCAGAUCACAAGGGGGGCAUUUGGGGAUUGGCCUCUGUCCCUGACUUGCGGUAGGAAGGGCUGGCAGUCAGCCUCCCAACAGGGAGGGCCAAGGCUGACACUGCCCGCGUCCAGGUAACCUUGAGUUAUGGCAGGUGACUGUGAAACAGACUGAGGCCAAAAGAGAACAGAUGGAUGGAGCUCACAGGUUAGACUUGCUCCUUCUCUUACUCUAGAGCAGAGGGAUGGUUUCCUAGAAUGUUGGAGGUGAGUUGAGAGCUCACCUCUUGAAUGUUAAACAGUGUACUCUUCUGAAAACUGCUUAUUCACCUUAUGUGGUUUCAGAAUACUGGGCUCAAUACUAAUAUAAGAAAGACACUUAAUUGAGAAAUUCUUAAGCUUACAGAAAACCUGUAUUUUUUGCACAUUCCACGUACCCCUAGCAAAAUGCAGUUUCCUUCUACAUGUCUGUCACUUUUUCCAUUAGAAGAUUUACUUAGGAAAAUUAAUUCCCAUUUAUUCCUACAAAAUUUUGGUAUUGCUUGACUUUACCCAGUGGGAAAUGUGCUUUGAAUUUUUGGAACACUUGCAGAAUUAAAAAGAAAAUACAGUGGAACCAUUUUUAAUUUGUUUCAUCAAAAACAAAAUGUUAAAGAGAAGGUUGAAUAUAUGUAUUUUUCAUUUGUGUUUUUUGGGAAUUUUUUGUUCGGAGCAAUAGUCAAAAACCAGAUGACCUGUCCACAAAUGGUUGUGUGUCUUCAUCAUCUCAGAGGCCCCGUGCCCGUGUGUGUGUGGUCAGUGGGGGACACUCUUGGGGGAUUCUGUGCCACUCUGAUGGCUGUAUGAUGUUCAGCCCCUCAAGAGUCUGAAUUUCGGUCCCUAAAUUGUCAGGAACCCUUGACUUCCCUGUGUCAAACUACUGGUCAGCUAUUUGACAAAGUUUAGAGCUCAGGUCUUUGAUUUGAAGUGGGGAGCACAGUGGCUUACACAAAGCAUAGGUGCUGUUAGAAAAAUGGGAACAAUGGAAUGUUGCCACCUUAUUUUUAUAUGGAAAAUUUUCAAAAAUGAAGAAAAAAUGGAAAAAUCCAAGAUGAUAGUGUUGGGUGCUGGAAAACAUCUUUCUACUCAGACAACAGAACCUUUGGGUUAUAGAAUAGUGAUAUUGUCUAAAAAUGAAAGUUAUUUUGGGAAUAUACCACUUUAAUACUAUAGUCUUAUAAAAAUUGUUCAUUAUAUGUGAACCCCUUUCUUGUCUUCUAUUUGUUUGUCACCCUACUUAUUGGAAACACCUCAAAACCGGUUCUGAAAAGACCAUACCAAAAGUAAAUGUGUUUACUUUUUAGUGAGCAGAACUCUGAAAUUCCAGAUGUUCUUUUAUGUGGUAGAGUUAUUUUUAGGAACCAUUAGGUUGUAUUGAAAACCUUUAAUAUAGGCUAUAUCAAAACUGAUUCUUCUUUUCUGCAAUCUCUUUUAAUUCAUGUCCUUCUACAGUUGCUCUGUAUCAAAACAGAGGGUAAAAAGGCCAUAGCCCAUUACCAAAAAUAUGGUACAAAACUCUCUUGUCCUACGAGAUAAUUUUCAGACAUUGUGUUAGCUGAGUAGGCUGCCAGUUGGUGAGAUCCAGUCAUCUGUCUCCAGGGGAAUGAAAUCUACUUCCCGUGACUUUACCCAGAGUGUGUGCUCCCCGGGAGGGGAGAGCACAGCUGAUCUCUGGCACAGAGAUUCUGGCCUCUGCAGGGUUCUCAGGUCUCUGAGUGUACCUCCCAUUUCAUAGAGAAGUUUAAGAGAAUUCUGAAAGAAGAACAGUCUUGAUUAUGGGAGUCUUGAUUAUAGCAGUUUGGGAGUCCCGUGGAAAAGAAAGUGAUGUGUCUUGGCAGCCAUGGUAUUCUUUCUGUUAUCCACAUGGAUUGGAAAUACGUUUGAAAAUCUGAGUGUUGGUAUGAUAUAAAGCUACAGUGCUACUACAGAGUCAAGUCAUUGAAUUACCCGCUCCUGAUACAGGUGAGGGCUUUAUUAUACUACUGUAGAUGUCUGCGUACAGUAAACGGGCAGAGUCAUUUGCUGGAGUGCAGAAGAGCCAACAGGAGCAGCUUGGUAAUCCCGGGUGCUAUUCCAGUUGCUUAUAGCGAGUGCUGUUCCUCGGGAGAUGGAGCCAGGUAGGCUCAGCCGAUCUACUGAAUAGCAAGUGAUGCUCUUUCCAGGUUCAGCGGAAGCAGGUACGUGGAAGCCACAGGCUCACCUUCUAUCUAUUCAAUAAUUAUUAAUGAAGAGACCUCCGUAAGGGAGCACUGGCUAUCAUUGAUACAUGUACCAAUUAUUAAAUAAUUAGUCUCCAAGCCAUUUGGUGAUGUCUGCAGCAUCACUGUAGAACUGUCUUGUGUCACUUUUUACUUCCCCCGGGUGGAGCCCUUCAGACUCCCCAGCCAUGGAGGCGAGUUAAUAUUUCUCUCCAGUGAGUGACUUUUGCCCCAUAGUUGGGUGAGCACUUCCUAGAUCGAGAAAAGCAGCUACAGUAAAUCCUGCUGUUUCCCUCCUUUGGUGAUCAAUCACACAUACGUUCCUUGUACUCUAAAUUUCAUGCCCUUCUCCCAGACGCUGUAGGGUUUUCUCUCACUGUUGGCCAAUGGAUGUCAUCCAGACAGUGGGUUCAUAUCUUAUGGUUUGUGCAAUCAUUGUCGUAUUGUAGUCCUAAGACUCAUUAUAGUGUAUUUUUGAUAUUUUUGAAAUGUGUUAAAUUUUUUAAUUCAAUAAUAUGAGCCAGAGCAUGUUGCAGCAAAUCUAUUGUUUGUAAAAAAUAACAACAAUAAUAAAUAAAAUAAAAUGGAAUUAUCUUUUUCAUGGCUUUGUUUUAAAA